UAUGCUAUCGCCACGUGAAGAGACGUUUAUAAUUAACUCCUUGGCAAUAUAAGGCAUGCCCGUGGCUGGGUUUUUAACUUCGUGAAGCUCCGACAAACGGACAGCUUGAUGCAAGCUUCAACCACACAGCUUGACGGGACAGGAGUCUUCAAUUGACUUGUUAUCAGUUACAUCAAGGCAUUGCAAUCAUCAAUUGUAUCAGCUCCCCGUGGGUGAUGUAAACGGAUGCGGCCUUCACUUGGAUAUAUACUGUAGUCAGAUAAAUGAUAUUUGAUGAGAGACGCUGCAACGCUGGCCUUUCGGUUAUUGGAGUGAUCCCAUCUAGCAAGUUUGCAAACAUUGAUAAGGAAAUGGACCUGCCAGGCGAAAAGGCUGAGGCAGACGUGAAGUCGGCACCAGAUCCCAUUAAGCUGACCCCAGAGCAAAGACGCGAGAGAGAAGAAUAUCCAACAAUGAAGAAUGGCGUUCGUCAAAACACUGUUGGGAGGGUGUUAUUACACGGCGUACAGAUCAUUUCCUUGGUCAUCGACAACGUCGAGCGGCUGUGCUUGGCGCAGAUAUCUACCACCCUAUUGAAACAAUAUAGUUAUAAUGAGAUUCAUAACCGGAGGGUUGCCUUGGGCAUAACGUGUGUUCAGUGUACCCCCGUACAGCUGGAGAUCCUCCGACGAGCCGGGGCUAUGCCUAUCUCAUCACGAAGAUGCGGCAUGAUUACAAAGAGGGAAGCCGAACGUCUGGUAAAGUCCUUCCUGGAGGAUAUUACGCCACCUAAACUACCAGAAGACUUCGCUUUUACUGUGGAGCAUAAUUGCGGUUGGGGUUGUGAUGGGAAGUUCGUGCCCUCACGGUACAACAGCUCCAGAGCUAAGUGCAUUAAAUGCAACUACUGCAACAUGUUCUUCUCGCCAAAUAAGUUCAUAUUUCACUACCACCGGACCCCUGAAUCAAAAUAUAGCCACCCAGACGCGGCUAAUUUCAAUUCGUGGCGAAGACACCUGACACUCAAGGCUGAACAUGAGAAUGACGACAACCUUCAGCACGUUUGGGAAGAUGUCAAGGCCAUGUUUAAUGGCGGAAGUAGAAAACGGGUCCUGAGCAGCUUUACGAGUAAAUCUGAGCGCAGUAGGUCCUCCCACGGUGUUGACACCCAAUAUCAGAAGAAACAAAAGGUCUCACACAGUCCCACAAGACCCAACUCGCAGCCAGUCCUAAACGCUGGGCAAUUCGGGUACCCUGUGUAUCAGACACAGAGCGCUAGCUACCCAAUGAAGUGUAUAUCUCCACACCCAACCUAUCUAACCUAUCCUUAUAAUAAGCCUCUGUCAACAGCGGAAGUCAAGGGUAAUGUGGCUUCGUGGCCUACUACGACAGAGGCACCGUAUACGUCAUAUGAUCUAUUCUGGAGCAAGCAUCUCCAAACCCCAAGCGAGCAGGAGAAAUUUCUAUAUGGCGUGCAAAGAGGGCUUCAGGAACAGCAAAAGGACCCAGUCUCUCAACGUUCUCCAGAACGACACUACAUUCCCCUUGACUGCAGAAAAACGAGUCUCUUCACUAACGAAAAUACAGAAUCUCGCAUGCAUCCCUAUAUUUCAGCUUUUAAACCCGUUGGUAAAAAGGCUUCAUCACCAAUCGUCAAUUCAAAAAGUCCGGCGAGCGAUUUGGACAACGCCGGCAGUAUCACGCAAAGUGAGACUAGUGAAUGCAAUGACGUUGACAAUGAGAAUUUUGAAAUCGACAUUAUGGAUGAUUCACCAUCCGAGGAAACACAAAAUAAUAAUCGUGAACGAUUAAAAAAUAUUGAAUGCGACAUGUACCGAGAUAAGACUCCUGGUUCUGAUUUUCCGUACGAGCAAGAUGAGAAAAAUAGUAGGGACAGUCCAUUGCCGGAAGUUGUAAGUUGUCAUGGGGUGGAUAUAUCACAUCCCGCAACCAAUGAGGGUGAUGCCAUGGUGAUAGUUACAACGCCGCAAGACGAUGCUAGUUGCCAGAAGUACAAAAUGAUAGAAAAGGAAAUUACCGAAGUUGAAGACGUUCGUGAGACGGACAACUCAGCCGUGCAAAGUGACAAAGACGAUGCAGACACAUAUUUGAACAAGAGCAAAGAUGAGAUUUUGAAGGAAUUGUGUCGACAGGUCAAAACUCGCCGGGACCUUGAAAAAGAAUGCAAACUCAUCCAAGAAUCAUUUCAACAGCAGGUGAAGCGCGAAUCAUCAUAUAGAGAACAGAUGGCGAAACAGUUGCAACUUGUAAGAGAAAACCUCUGCCAUGAAUUGGAUCAAGAACGAAAAGCACGAUAUUCACUUCAACAGAAGCUAAAAGAGGCCCACGAUGCCCUCCAUAACUUCUCGUGUAAGAUGUUAGCCUCACGGCAGUGUGCUGAAUGCAGCUUCAAAGACCAGCUUCUCCCUCGAUAAAGCGAUGACUCCGGAAAGAAAUAACUAGACUUUCGUCUGUGCUUGCGCGUACUGCUACUAGGGACAAGGAGGAAGUUUGAUGUGUAAUAUGUUGGUUAUUCAUUUGGAAAAUACGCUUCGAUCUAGCAAUAAUUGCACUUCUCUAAACAGGACAAAAAAACUUGCUAGAACUGUUAUAAAUCGAACACUGUAUCACAAGCCAACAAUACAAUAAAGGCAUUUUCAAAACAAAGUUCAGCUUGUACCACGGUGGUGAUUCAAAUUUUACUGUACGAGAGGUAGAACAAAAAGACGAUAUUUUUCUAAUGGGUAUACGUCUCCAUAUACAUAUAUGUAAAUAUGAAGUCGGCCUUGACCAUCUUCCAAAGAAUGCAUAAUGCCCAAAACAUCUACAUGUCUCACUCCACAGUUUCAUUAGAUCAAUCAGACGUGACGUCAAACCAGUGCCUAGUGUGACGCACAAGGAGUCCAAACUACUGGCACCAGAUACCCAAACCUUCACAUAUUUAUGGAGGGAAAGUCCCAGGUACAUUUAUUAACUUGUUUCAAUAUCAGUAGUUGGAGCCACAUUUGCAUCCUCCGGCACAUAAGCUAACUAUGAUGAGGUAGCCAGGCAAUUUAAUGCACUUUUAAAUGUUAGAAAGAAAUCCGCGGUCAAAACAGCGUAAAUCAGUCUAUUCGUCCGUUGAAUGGAUAACACGUGUUUAAAGUGGACGUCAAACCAGCGCCUGGUGUGACCAGCAGGGAAUCACCCAGAUGUAUGCUGAGACCAAACUACUCGCACCAGAUACCCAUACAUGCAAAUUUCUAUCGAAGCAGUGUCCCAAUGAUACGGUGACUGAGAAAGGACAUCGAAUUUUUUUUUUUCUUGGCGGGACGACAUUUUGGGCCAAAUUAAUAAAAAGUAGUAUUUCCUUGGGAGCAAAUCCUUAAAGUAGAAGCUGUAUUUGCUAAAAGUAGAAGAUUAUGCUUGUUUUCGUAUGAAUAAUGUGGACCUUUCACUGCAAAUGCUUUGGAAAACAUCUUCAAGCAAAUGCUUUAAGGUCAUUACCGAUGUCAUAUUUCUUAUGAAUGGCCUGUGCUGGUAAUCUAUUUCACCUUGUGGUUUUGGUCUUAAUAUACAGAAGAGGUCAAGCAUCCUGAACUUCAGGGCCGUUCACUUGGCACCUAUGACCAAGUUUUUUUAGUUAUGUGUGUGGGAGAGGAGCACACAACUGACCCUGGUAUGUUGGCGAAAGUGCUUGUGUUCUGUCCUCAUUGACACACUCUCUCGCGUCAUCAUCAUCCGACUAAUCGGUCAUUUAACUGGUGAAGUCCUGCAUCCGUUAAUAAUUUGCCCCGUUAUACAUCGUAGCUCACACGACAGGUGUGAGUCUAAUGGUUAUGUGUAUGUACAUAAUUCCAUAUGUCCAUAAAUCUGAAAUCAUUUUGUUCGAUCGCCCAUGACAAUUCUAGUUCCGGUAAUUUCGUGCAUGGCUACCGUCCCUCCCAUCCCUCUAAAUGCUUCAACGAGAGAAUGCACCGAAAUUACACCGAAUUACUGCCUAUGCCAGCCUUUACAAAAUUGGGAGGAUAAGGAAAUACCUAGAUCGUCACUCAGUAGUAAGGCUUGUGCACGCAUUGGUUGUCUCCCGACUAGACACUAACAAUGCCAUACUCUAUGGUCUACCGGAUAAGACCCUGGCUCCUCUGCAACGUGUGCUAAAUUUCGCUGCUAGGCUUGUUUGUCGCCGCAGGAAAUUUGACAGCAUCACCCCACUGCUCAACGAGCUCCAUUGGCUUCCUGUCAAGGCAAGAGUCAUUUACAAAAUUCUGACUCUUGUACACACGACAGUAGUGAGCAGUGGGGGUCCGAUGUACCUAUCAGAUUUGCUGGUGGCGACAAGCGGUUGUACGAGGUCCACCACGUUCAUGGCGCUGAAAAUCCGAAGAACUAAGUCCAGGUAUGGUGACCGCAGCUUCUCAUGCGAGCCCAUACCUGUGGAACAAACUUCCUUUUUCCAUCAGAUCUCUGCCAGAAACAGCAUUUAAGAGGCAACU